AUGGGAAAUUGUGCUAGUCAGUUUGAGAGUGCAAAGGUGAGUGGCUUUACUUUAGGCUUAGAAAAUAAAAUUUAAAUUUGACUUUUAGACUUAAAAAAUUAAAUUUAAAAUUGAGUUUAGACUUAUAUCUAUGUAUAUACAGGGUGCGCCAAAAGUUCUGUUACAAAGCUUUAAAUGUAAAAAGUUAUUUUACUUUGUUUUAGGCCAAGCUCCAAGGGUUGAAUGCGCUAAACGAUGGAAAGAAGAAGGAAUCAGAUAUGGCAGCGGCCAACAAAGUUAAGGAGAAGAAGGCCAAGAUAGCUGUGGAUAAGAUUGCGCUCACCGAAGAUGUUGUUCAGGUAAUUUCGUUUUGAUAACAUACAGUUUAACUUUUCAUAUAAAAUUUUCAGUUAAUAUUUGUUUAUUUAUGUAGAAGUUUAAAAAUAAUUGUUUAGGAGUACAUUGAACUAGAGAAGCAAAUAUACAGAUUCGAGUACAAGAACGUGCUGAAGAAGUAUGAAAGCAAAACUAUUUUUGCUGAUGAAAUUAAAAAGACCGUGGAUCAACUUGAAGCAACUUUCAAGGAAUUGAAAAAACAAACGUGAGUUUUAUUUUUGGUUUUAAAUUUAAUUUUUUGAAAAAAUUGUUUUUACUUUUAAAAAAUUAAUUUUUUUAAUCUUUAUGUUAGUACUUUCAUUUUAAAAUUUUAAUAAUUAGACCAAAUUACAGUGAAAAAGAGAGAGCAGAUGUAGAGAACAUGGAACAACCUUCAGUUAAGUCAUUUCUGAAACAACAAGGAACAUGGGAUGAGAGGGUCGAGAAGGAGAAGCAGGAGUACAUGAAUGCUUUGAAUAAACAAGAAGUGGCUGAGAAGGUGAGUACAUUAACGCAAUAACUCUCUUUCUCUACUAUGUUGUACCACUUUAUCGUUUACUUAAUCUAAUUACCAUAACUUACUGACCCUGCUUUGACGUUUCCCUUGAUCUUUCGUUGCCCUACCUUGUUGUAUCCAAGUCUUUAUCUUGUCGUACUCCUUUAUCUACUUGGUAUGUACUCUUUUAUUUCUUACCCUACUAACUCUAGCUUACAGUACCUUUUCACAUUCUACCUUACUGUAAGGCCCAAGUUUCUAUAUUAGAAUUGGGUUUGAAAAACUAUUUAUAUAUGUUAUGUGAACCCUCGCAGUAAUCUAGAAUUACAUUGCUGUACUCGCAGUAAUUUGUUGGGUCGUUUUACAUCGAGGCAAAUGUUAUGUAAAACUAUAAUAUUACAUCAGAAAACGUUGCGCAAUAACAUUUCUUGCAGUUUCUCUAAGGCUAUCUUGUUGUAUCAUAAAAUUAGGUAAUAUCGCCCGAAAUUAUACAAUGUUAUUGUGCGUAAGUCUUCGUAAUGACGGAAAUUGCUGAAGCUACACUCUAUUUUACCCUACUCUACCCUACCCUAUCCUAUAUUAUCUUACCUUGCUCUACCUCACUUACUUUCUAGGAACUAAAAGGCGCUCGACUACAGUACGAACGUGCCGCCAAGAUAGCCGAUAUCUACAAAAGCCAAGUUGAUCAACUGAAUGAGCUUUAUGACAAACAAGAUCGUAUGUUGAUUGGCAUUUUCGGCCCAAAUUACGCGUCGGACAAGGAGAACACAUUGGAAGCAGAAUUGGACGAUGCUAUGGAAUGGCAGCAAAGAGUCUCUUUGGCUAAAUUUAAAUGGACUAAUGGGAGAGUGUUGUUGGUACAUGCUAGUACUCAAAUGGCUUUUGGUAUUACGAGGUGGAAGGAGUUGGAGGAGAUUGAAACUGGGUGAGGGUUCGAGGCUGGGUUGGGCUGUUUUUAAUUUUUAAAAAUUUUUUGAAAUUUUCAUAACUUUUUAAAAAACUUGAUGAUUUAUCCACUAUAUAACAUAUAUAUAUGCUUUUUGAAGGAACACAAGAAUGCGCUACUUUGCGGCCGCUGAAGCACGAAAUAACUUUAUCGCUGCUAGCCAGAAUGUCCAGUCUUGUCGGGUUUACCUUGGUAAGUUGCGUCAUAGUUAUUAUAAUAGAGUAGGGUAGGGUAGGGUAGGGUAGGGUAGGGUACGGUAGGGUACGGUAAGGUAAAGUACGGUAAAGUACGGUAGGGCAUGAAAAUGCACGUUAGGGUACGGUAAAGUACGGCAAAGUGCGGCAAAGCGCGUUAGAGUAAGGUGAGGUCAGUUUUUCCUUAAAACUCUAAUUUCAGGCCGCGUACGCUUCCCCUACGCCACGGAGGAAGAGAUGAAUUUGAUGGAACAGACCAUUCACACUUCUUUCAGUGAUAUUCAGUCUAACGCUAGCCUAAAACGAGCUCUUACUGUCUACCAAAACACACAUAAGAAGGUAGCUGCGUUGAUUCAAUGGUUUGACAAAGUCAUCAAUGACACUAUUUUGAAGGACUUGGAGAAGGCCAAUACAAAUGUGAGUUUAUUUUUGUGGGGUGGUGAUUAUGGUCUUGAAGGGGGGUUUAAAGUGGUAAGAAAAGGGGGGGGGGUCAGGAAGUUAAAAAAAUUUUUUUUUGAAAUUUAUGAUAUUUAAAAAUAUUUAAAAAAAUAUUUUAGGUCGGAAAGAAGCAGAAGCAACUCCGUGAAGAACGGUUGAACUUGAUGAAGCUCAAGUACAAAGAAGAGUUCAAUAAAGAAUUGAAAGUUGAUUAUGAUAAGAACAUUCACGAUGAAACAGACGAGGAAUUACUGUCAUUAGAAGCUGAACAAGUCAAAGAUCAACAAGAAUUGCCUGGGGAGGAUCUUAAAGUAAAACUUGGUUUUUAUGCAAAAAUUGAAAAUUUUAUUGACGAGCGUGAUUCUCAAGAUUUUGUGCUAUUUUAAUUAGUAUACUAUUUAGGCUAGUAUAUAUGUUUUUUCAAUUUUUUACUUGUAGGACAUCUUGAACUUGUCGCAACCAGAAGGUAAAAACCCAACACCUCUUCCGCUUACCAAGCUGGCUCCUAUUCCAACUAAAGAUGCCUUGUUUGGUAAGUUUACCAUCGUGAUUAUAUUUAUAUUCAGCACUGUCGAAUAUUCGACAGCACUCGCAGCUAGAUUUGAUAGGUGGUUCAUAAGUCCGAGUCAGGUCGCGUCAAAUUUCUAAGUGGCCACCAGAGCCGGGCGGGGACUUUUGAUCUGAGGGCGGGGGUCGAAAAAAAUAGGCACAGGUAGAUUUUUAACAAAAAAAUUUUUUCAAAAAUUCACAGGGAGGACCACUUUCAACUUUUUUUUCGAAAUUUUUUUUCUGAGGAGUGACUCAAGUGCCGGGCUUAAUUCAAGGCUCGGCUCGUGCACCAAGUCGAAAAAUUUGGACCUUUACAAGUCUAGGGCCAAGUAAAAAUCUUUGAAAAAAUUGAAUUUUGCCCUUCUGUUUAAUUACCAAAAAAAUUUUUUUUUCUUGCCUAGCUUUUUAAAAAAGCAAAUUUGGCUAUAUACUACCCAAAAUUAUACAUACAAAGAAGACUUUUUGCAUAAUAUAUACACCAAUACAAUUUAUGAUGAUUUAAAUCUUUUAAAACUAAAAUAUGUUGUUACAGGCGAUGUAAAAAAGAAAAUGAGUGAACUAGACCAGACUAGAAGCUCAAUCCAACAGAGAAACAAUGCCAUGAAGGAGAAGACUGAAUUGGCUUUACAGGUAAAAUACGUUUUUUUUUGUUUUAUGAAAAAUUUAUUGUUGCAUAGUAGUUGUAAUCAGAGUAUUCAAAAUUAAAAGUUGUUGCUCUGGUUCUAGCUUUUUAAAGCUUUUAAAAAUCAAUUUUCAUAAAAUUCAGGAAAAACUGAAGCUUCGACAACAACAAGGACGACGCACAAGACCUCAACGUGCUAACGCCGUUAUCGUUCCAUUGCCAUCGUUAAGCGAUCAAGCUGAUGCUAAUGUGGAUGGAGAUAAGGCAAAGAAGAAAAAGAAGCCAAAGAAUGAAGAACCAAAGAAUACUUGA